UUCCAGGUUUUCCAUGGUGGUCUAGCUUCAAUUGACUCAUGAUUUCAACCAGUGAAAUGAACAUAUUUGUUUUCGAUUCAUAAUAUCUGUAUGAAUUUAUUAUUAAUAAUGUUGGGGCAGUUCAAUUUAUCGGCUGCUCCAUCUAAGGAGAUGAGCACAUUAACUCUAAUAAAACGACUAGUGAUAAAGUGGUAAGUAAAAACACAAUUUCGCCACUUAAUAAAUAUUUCUAACGUUCAUACUUACAGUUCAAAUUAAAAAAUGUUAAGUAGUCUGAUAAGGUCACAAAUUUGUAAUAAUUUAGACUGUUGAUACAUGUAUUUUCAUUUAGGAAAAUUCAAUUCAAAUAGUUAGGAAAUCUACCGAUCUUGGGACAAUAUACAUUUCAUUUCUCUUUAAACAGUCCGAAAUCGUGACGAUUUUCACUGAGUAAUAAUCACUUUUGUGUUGUUAAUUAGGUCAGAUGAGAUCAGUAAGAUAAGUGACUGGUUAUAAUAUCCUAUUUUUAUCUUAAGUAUUAGUGUAUAAAAGCAAUGAACAAGAAGCUUUAAACUGGUUUCUAUCUAGUUAAAUUCAUUAUCAAAGUAUACCUCCCUAUUUUUUUCAAAAAAAAUGGUGCUGUUUUUACAGAUUCACUAUUGUAACCAAAUAAUUCCCUAACUCUUCGGGAAUUAUGGAUCCUAUUUCUAAAAGUCUUUAUCCGAUCAAUGAUGAAAAUAACAGUAGUACACCAAAUUGGAGUCAAGAUCCAGAUUUAACAGAUCAGAAUCAAGUCCCCUUAUCUACAACUGCAAUUCAGUCUGUUUCAGAUGAUGAUAACCAACCCAUUGUUGAACAACCGUUUAAAAAGCCAAAAUUGAUUAAUAUGCACAAUGUAGAUUCAUCACAAACUAAACGAGGUGAAUCUAAUAUUAUUUCAGUCAUUGAUCAUUCAUCUGUUCCUUCAUCAUCUACUCAUAUAUCAGAAACUGUAACAAAUCAAUAUGAUGAAGAAACAGUUGAAGAUGAUGACGAUGAAGAAGAAGUGGAAGAUGAUGAUGAAGAGGAAGAAGAGGACGAUGAAGAUGACAGCGCUACUGUACUUGGUGAUGCAGAUACUGAAUCUGUUGUCAGUGAAAUUCUAUCAUCUGCACUACUACAAGAAAAAGAAGCAAGAAAAAUAGAAGAUCGUAAAUUACUGGCUUUAUUGGCACAUUUUGAUGAGGAACAGUUAAAUCGAUUCGAAACAUUUCGAAGAGCUACAUUUACUAAAGCUGUAGUAAGACGAUACUAACUUCUAUCGAUUGCUGUUUUACUCAAAUUGACUUACAAAAUUACAAAACAAUAUAUGUUUUAAACAAUAAAUCCGUGUUAUUCUAAUGUUUAUACACUUUGAAAAUGUUACCUUGUUUUGAUUUAUCAUAAAACUAGAAAAAAAAUUUAAUUCACUUGUCAUGAUGAAUAAAUCUAGUGUGAAUUUCACCGACUUUUUUCUUGAAUAA